CUGGAGACAGGUACUGGUGCUCGCGGCAUGGAGCGCGUCUUGUCUACCAAGCCAUCUCAGAAAGGCAAGAUACUUGCCUAAUCGGGUAGUCGGAUCAACAUCGGCGGUCGGGACGCCCGAUUGAUGGAGUGCACAGGAUCAGUGAUCUUCAAUUGCAAUACGAUUGCAGCUCCCAUCUCGUUGGCACGUUUCGAUAAUUAAUGGUAACGCGGGCGAUAGUCAGAUAUGGGGCGAAGUGAGCUCGCAAAAACUGCAUACAUCCGCACCCCAUCUCUCCAACCGUUUUUCUUUCUGCUCUGGAACAGCGCCAUGCCCAACAGUCUAUCUCUUCUUGCGGCCUUCGUCGUUGUGUACACAGCGUAUCGCUUCUCGAAACGCACGCCGCGCGCCCUUCUCCCACGCGUGGGGCGAGCUGGUCCUGUGGGAUACGCGUGGACGGUGCUGCGCUCGGUGCUUGACAGCGAGGGCUUGGUGGAGGAGGGCUGGGACCAGUUCGGCGGGAAGGCCUUCAUCCUCCCCUCCAUGAGCGGGGAGUGGAUUGUGUUGGGUCCGGACAACGUGGAGCUGCUGCGGCGCUCAGACGACACCGUAUUCAACGCCCCGGAGCGCGCGAAACAGCUCUUUCUGCCGGACAUCAUGUUCGGGGACAUCACGAGCAACCCGUACCACCUAGAGACCAUCAUCCGGUCGGACCUCACCAAGUCGCUGCGCUCUCUCGUGCCGGAGAUGCUCGAGGAGGCGCAGCUGGCGAUUCCAGAGCAUCUACCUCUGAAGGACGGAGCGUCUUCGGUCACGGUGCCGCUCUUCCCCACCAUGGUACACCUCAUCGCGCGCGUCAGCAACCGCGCUAUGAUCGGCGCGCCUGGGUGUCGCGACGAGGCGUUUCUGAAAAACCAAGUCAGCGUCGCGGAGGAGGUUAUCCCCAUGUCGCAGGUGCUGAACUGGUUCCCCGCGUCCACCCGCAGACUUGUCUGGAAGGCGUUCUGCGCCACGCUUGGUGCCAAGGACAGUGCCGUGCGCCGCGUCAGCCCCUACGUGCAGGCCCGGAUCGACUACGCUCAGCAGGACAAUCCGGGCACGAUCACCGAUCUACUGCUACGCUAUGCGCCGGAGGAGGAUAUCGCGGACGUCAAGAAGCUGGCUGCGCGUGUCAUUCAUCUCAAUAUGGCUGCGACACAUACUUCCGGUAUCUUUACCACCCACUCGCUGUUUGAGCUCGCGCGGAUGGAGCCAGCGAUGGUCCAGCGGAUCCGAGACGAGAUCGUCGCUGCCAUUAAUUCCGAGGGUGGCGUCUGCAACAAGGCGGCUGUCGACAAGUUUUACCUGCUUGACUCGCUCCUAAAAGAAAUCGGGCGGUUUCACUCUCUCUUUGCCGUGGGGUCAUCCCGCGUCGUACUCCGCGAGGCUGUUAUCUCCGACGGCACCGUCCUCCCGGCCGGCAGUGUUGUGGCCCUCGCGCCGCGGCCGUUGCACCACAAUUCGGCGGCGUUCGCGGACCCGGAGACGUUCGACCCCUUCCGCUUCGCGCGUCUGCGCACGGGCGACAGCGCGCUCCGCGACAACCAGCAGAAUUUCACAAAUCUAAGUAAUGAUUACAUUGUGUUUGGGGUCGGGAAGCAUGGGUGUCCGGGUCGCUUUUUCGCGGCGCUAAAGAUCAAGGUCAUUCUCGCUGAGCUGCUGCUCAACUACGACUUUUCGUUUCCCGACGGGGCGUCCCACUCGCCCAAGCCGUUUGCGUUCAAUAUCUUCACGGUUCCGAAUCCAACGGCGAAGCUGGUCUUUACCAAGCGUACAUCUGAGAUUCAAUUGUGAUAUCCAAUAUAGUGUAUAGUGGACGGGUUUUUCUUGGAUGUGCAGACAUCUCCGCCGUCGACGAUCGCUCAAUUCAGAGCUGUCUCGGCUUUGAUACGCUCGAUAUUGGGGUCUCUUCUACAGUAUAUGCCGAUCGUCCAAUGGCAAGGCCUGAAGUCUACAAUGCUCAAAUCCAGGUCCCAUCCAGGAUUCGAUGUUUUUGUUUUAGUGCAUCACUGGGAGCACACACUGUCUAUUUCUAACCCCACCUAUUUUUUGCAUACUUUCGACUCAUAUUUCGGCCCAUGUUGAGACAGACAGGAGUAUUCAUUCGUCACAAUUUAUUCACACCCCCGGGCUGAUUAGAUAGCGGAUGUUCAGUCCUGAGUUCUUGGUCAAGUGCACAUGCCAAUGAACUCGGGGCUCUCGAUUAUAAUUCUGCAACGCUGGCACCGUCCAACCCCCAAUAUCGAUGCCGAUAGGGAAAGCUUCGUUGCGUUUCAGAACGUUGGCAGGUUUCAGAGGUAUCAGCACUGCGCAUGGGAGUCAAUGGCAACAUGUAGCCAGGAUGAGCGAAGAUUGUUUGAUGUGCGCAGUGCGCAAUCGUCCUGGGCCAACCAAUCACUGGCCGCGGGAGGAUUGUGAUGUAUGUGCAGCAGCAUCAACUGUCGGUGGCACCGCAUCAGAGCGAUGCGGCUGUUACCGACACGUUUCUCUUCAUCACAUAUGGCCCAUACGAUAAUCGGGAGAUCUGGUGUUCGAGCACCGUCAACACAGCCUAGCUACUGGGACUCCAACAUCGAAUCCUCUCCCCGAAUCCACCAUGCCAGCAGACACCUACCCCACCCUGCCGCAGACCCAGAAAGCAUGGACGUUCGCGACGCAGGGGCUGCCACCCGACAUCCUCGUCCUCGAUGAACAGUACCCCGUCCCAGAUCCCCCGACCGCAGCGAACCUGCUCAUUCGCGUCUCGCACGUCAGUCUCAAUCCGGGAUGCUACGUGACGAUGGCCGAGCUCCCCCCGAUCGUCCGCCGGGUGUUGUCCGGGGGUCGCUCCACGUUCGUCGCGGAGGGCGAGUUCGCCGGGGUCGUGCAUCUCGCCGGCCCAUCAGCGCCUGCGCACCUCCUCCCCGGCGCGCGAGUGUUCGGGUGCCUCCCGGUACCGAGCCUCCUCGCCGGCGGCGGGACGCUCGCGGAAUACCUCGUCAUCCCGGCUGCCUGCGUCGCGCUAGCUCCCGCGGGCAUGAGCUGGCCUGUCGCGGCGUCGCUGGCGGGCGGCGGGCAAACGGCGGGAAGCAUGGUGCUGGAGGCGACGAUUCAGCCGGGGACGCGUGUGUUCGUGAACGGUGGCUCGGGGGGCGUGGGAUCGAUGGUCAUCCAGCUCGCCAAGGCACAGGGCGCGUAUGUCGUUGCGACGUGCUCGGCGCGGACCAGGGCGAUGGUGGAGGGUCUAGGGACUGACGAGGUCGUUGACUACCGCGCAAACGCACCUCUACCCGCCUUCUUAGCUCGAGAAUACCACUCGCGGCCUUUCGAGUACAUCUUCGACACGAUCGGCACCCAAGCCCUCUUCGAUCAUUCGCCGGAAUAUCUUAGGGCGGACGGGCUCUUCGUCAACGUCGGAAACUUCGAGGGCCUCUUCCUCACCGUUUGGCGAGCCAUGCUGAACACCUAUCUCCCAACGGUCCUGGGCGGCGUCCCGAGGCGGUACCAUAUGAUCAGCACGACUCCCAAUGGGGAGAAGGCAGCUGCACUGGCGGAGAUGGUUGAGCGAGGAGAGCUGCGCGUGGUAAUUGACGAGGUCUUUGAGUUCCACGAUGCCUUGAAGGCUUAUGAUCGGAUGUUGGCACGGAAUGCGAUGGGAAAAAUAGUCGUGAAAGUACAAGAGUUGUGAUUUGGACUACUGACUGGGAAGAAUGAAGUGUGUGCUACUUUCUUCUGCGAGUGAAAAUAUGGAAGCAGAGCUAGAAAUGCGCCA